CUCUCUCAUCAGCAUUCGUCUGUCUCCCCCUUCUCUCUCUCUCUCUCUCUCUCUCUCUCCUGGUCCCUUCCCGUUCCCAUUCGCUCGCCGAGCCCGACCCGCGGAGGCGGAGCUCCAGCCUCGGGCGCGUCGAAGAGGGCGCGGCCCGGCGGCCGUCCGAGCCAUUGCUCCUGGAAUCCUCUUCCGGCUUUGGUCGAACGCUUGGUCUUCUUGGCCGUCCUCGUGGUCCGGCCUCUCGCCCCAAACUCACCACGCCGGCCUCCUACGCGUCAGCGAUAGCCGGGGGAUCACCAGGACUUGGAUUGGCUUCUCCUUUCGCGGCUGAGGAAGCACAGCUUCCUUGGACGGAUUGUCCAAGUCAGAUUCUUUCUGGCGGUCGUCCGUGUCUUUCUUUUCUGAUGAAAUGGACCAACCUGGGGUUCAUCCAAAGCAAUCAGAACCUGCAAAUAUUCCAUCUAGAAGGACUCACCAGAUGAGAAACAUAUGGGCUUGGGGAGUUCCAUCUACAACUACAACUAAUGGAUCUAAUGAUGCUGUCUUGUUCUCCUGCUCAUUGCCAUCAGGUCUUCCAUUUGUAAAAUUACCAGGUGUAGAAAGGGAGCACCUUGCUCAACCAAUAAAUGAAAUGUUUCCCGCAAGAAAGCAGCCGGGCCCUAACAACAGAGUGACAGAUACUAUGGAUGAUGUAGCGCAGCAUUUGAUUGGAAACCUUUUACCUGAUGAUGAAGAAGAGCUCCUUGCUGGUGUAAUUAAUGAUUUUGACCAUGUUAAAUUGCAAAAUCAAGCUGAGGAACUGGAAGAGUAUGAUGUUUUCCGUAAUAGCGGGGGUAUGGAGUUGGAUGUUGACCCUCUGGAAACCAUCACAGUUGGUACAGCAAAAACUAGUAUCAUCAAUGGUACCGGAAGCGGCAGCAGUCAAUACAGCCUCCAAAGUUGUGUUGGGACAGUGACUGGGGAGCAUCCAUUUGGUGAACAUCCCUCCAGGACUCUGUUUGUGAGGAACAUCAACAGUAAUGUUGAAGAUUCAGAGUUACGCUCAUUGUUUGAGCCAUUUGGAGAUAUUCGGUCCAUGUAUACUGCAACGAAACACAGAGGAUUUGUUAUGAUAUCUUACUAUGAUAUUCGAGAUGCUCGUACAGCUAUGCGGACACUACAAAAUAAACCUCUAAGGAGGAGGAAGCUUGACAUCCACUUCUCCAUUCCCAAGGAGAAUCCGUCAGAUAAAGAUAUGAACCAAGGAACUCUUGUGAUCUUUAAUUUGGAGCCAGCAGUUUCAAAUGAGGAGCUCCUUCGAAUAUUUGGUGCAUUUGGUGAAGUGAGGGAGAUAAGAGAGACACCACAAAAGAGGCACCAUAGAUUUAUUGAGUACUAUGAUGUCCGUGCAGCAGAAGCUGCCCUGAGGUCAUUAAACAAAAGUGAUAUUGCUGGUAAACGGGUAAAGUUGGAGCCUAGCCGUCCUGGUGGAGCUCGUCGAAGUUUUGUGCAACAAAUUAACCAUGACUUCGAGCAAGAUGAUGCAAGGCACACUAUGCUCCAUCUUGGAUCACCUUCUGCCAACUCCCCACCAAGUUUGUGGUCCCAACUUGGAAGCCCAACAGAACAUAAUCAGUUCAAUACACUCAGUGAAAAUGCAUUUAAUAGUGGGAUGAGCCCCUUGGGUGGUAACCAUAUUACUGGGUUAUCUCCAGGAUAUCCUCCAAUGAAACCCAUUGGGAAAAGCUCCAACAGGAACAUCCUUGCCGAUCAUAUAUUUCAUGGUGUUUCCAAUUUUCACAAUUCACAUUCAUUUCCAGAACAACAUGGUGGAAUUGUGAGUGCGAGCCCGCUUGUGUCUUCUGCAGCUUCAUCUGCUUCUACUGCAUCUGGUUUCACAACUCUGGCGGGGACACCAUUUCUUUGGGCUAAUAAGCAUACCUUGCGGGAGCAUUCUCAGCCUUCAGCCUUUCAUUCUCCACCUAUUGGCAAUUCACAUUUUCCCAAUAGCAUCACGCAACGCCAGGGUAGUCUCUAUAGGAACCUUCGUGGUUCCUUUGGACCAUCAGAGUACUUUUCCCAGUACCAUGUUGGGUCUGCUCCAUCUGUCUUGCCCCUUGAAAGUAACUUUGGCUAUAAUCCUGAAUCACCAGACACAUCGUACAUGAGACAGGGUAAGUUUGGGAGUAUAGGUCCCAGCCGUGCUGGUGGAAACCUUGUGACAAACUUUGGUGUGCAUUCCCGUUUCAAUGCUCCAUCUGUGCAAAGUGAUUUGGUUGGUUUUGAGGGUCCACUUGAGCCUGGCCGAAACCAUGCAAUUGGACAUAUGGGGGAUCAAGAAGAUAGCAGGAUGCAGUAUCAGCUAGAUUUAGAGAAAAUCGUUACUGGAAAAGACACUCGGACAACAUUGAUGAUAAAAAACAUACCAAACAAGUAUACGUCGAAGAUGCUUUUGGAUGUGAUAGAUGAAACCCAUGAAGGGGCUUAUGAUUUCUUCUACUUGCCUAUCGAUUUCAAGAAUAAGUGCAAUGUUGGCUAUGCCUUCAUCAAUAUGACAGCUCCUGCUUACAUUGUAUCAUUCUACAAGGCUUUUACUGGUCGAAAGUGGGAAAAAUUUAACAGUGAGAAAGUAGUUUCAUUGGCAUAUGCUCGAAUCCAGGGGAAAUCUGCUCUUAUAAAUCAUUUUCAGAAUUCAAGCUUGAUGAAUGAAGACAAGCGAUGUCGCCCAAUGCUAUUUGAUCCCAAGCAUAUAGAAAAUGGCAAUAAGAUCCUGGCGGAUGGCACAAACAUCUCCCUGAAAGAUGGCAUGCAGGAUGGAUGUGAUCUUUCUGGGGACCCAACAAAAGAUAGUUUCAGACUGAGCAGUGAAAUAAUUGGCCAACUUGGAAGUAGCCCUGAAGGAAUCUAAUACUCUUUCCAUACAAUGUCAAAGUGUACAAAUCGGACCGGAAGACUUGAUGCUGCAUUUUGUCAUUUCGCAUCGUCUGAUGCAAUAGGGGCAGGAUAAAGUUUCCUGAUGACAUGGGUAGCAAAGUAUUCUCUCUUUUGUGCUGUAUAUAGUGCUAGUGCAGUGAAAAUCUUGGCUUUAUAACAAAGCAAAAGAUUUAGGUUGAACAACAAAAAAGGAAGGAGCUUACUGUAGUUGGAAACAGAGAGGAUGAAAAGUUCCCCGUUCUGCGCAAAUUGUUGUAGCCAUUUCCUUGUGUCUAUGUGAACACCUGUGAGUUUUUGGGUCUAAAAGAAUGAUUCUCAGUGUCUAUGUAUCUGCAUUUGCGGUCACAAAUUCCUUGUGCCGUCUCUAAAGACCUAAAUCCGGUGAA